GUGGGUUGCAUCGAGCGAUUCAUAGCGGAAGAUUGGCUUAAAGAACCGAAUUUGCGUGGCUAGAAGGGUUUCUUGUUUCGCUCUGCUCGAUCCCGUCAUCGGAUUGGUGGCCCUUCUCCUCCUCCCGGUUCGUUCAUAUUCUUCUCUCCGUAAUCCCUUAUUCGGUGCUGUUUCUGCAAGAAAUCUGACAGCUUCGGUGUUGGAAAGCUAAUUACUUAGCAUGCAGAGCCAGCUAGUGUGCAAUGGAUGCCGGACCAUUCUUCUUUACCCCCAAGGAGCCACUAAUGUACGUUGUGCAAUAUGCAACACUAUGACGCCAACUCCCCCUGCAGGAAGCUUCAAGGAAGGAGGGGGAAAGGCUUUUUGGUCCCAGUCCCAAGAUGGGAUUGACAUGGCUCGGCAAAUGGAAAUGGCACAGAUAAUUUGUUAUGGUUGCCGAACAUUAUUGAUGUAUACUAGUGGUGCUACUAGCGUAAGAUGCUCUUGCUGUGGCACAAUCAAUAUAGCAAGACCAGCAAAUCAGAAUGCUUACCUAAACUGUGGCCAGUGCCAUACAACUUUGAUCUAUCCUUGUGGGGCACCAUCAGUCAAAUGCGCAAUAUGCCAUUUUGUGACAAAUGCUGGGACUACGAGAGUACCGAUUCCAGAGGCACAGAGGCCUAAUGAGACUAUACCCAUGAGACCAUCAACAUCUGCUCCUCCCUCUGAAGCCCAAAACAUGACAGUAGUUGUCGAGAAUCCUAUGUCAGUAAAUCAAAGUGGUAAACUGGUGAGUAAUGUUGUGGUCGGAGUCACUACUGGGAAGAAGUGAUUUGUGCUGGUCUCAGAUAUCAGCUUGAAUGGCAUUUAUUAUUGUAAAAAGCUAUAUUGGCCAAGUGUGCUGGACUCAUUAAUAGUUUGAAUGAUUUGUUCUCCAUAAAUAAUGGUCACAAAAAGGUUAAAGUUUGUUGUCUUUGACAUUCACAAAGUGGCUGCAGUGGACUGUAAAUUUGUGGUGAGCUGUAUGACAUACAUAUGACAUCGAACAAGCAACAUGUCAUUGCAUUCAUGUGGAUCAGGUUCA